CAUUGAUUAAUCAUUUUAGACAAAUUUAGAUGUAACAAAACGAAUUAGAAUCCUUUUUGGAAUCCAGGCACUAUGCCAUUCUGACUUAUUCAUUGAAAAUGUUAUUAGCUUCCUGUGUUAUGAUCGACAGCGCACACAACGUGGUGUAGAACCGAGUCUCCAGAAAAAUAGAUUUAUCGUCUGCUUACGACACCAAUUAACACUUAUUUAUAUAUAUGGUUAUAUUUUCAUGCUUCCCGAGCAUGAUACGCACUUCAAAGGCCUCUCCCCCCGGUAUUCAGUGCAAUAUCUAAACCAAACGCCAACAAUAAGAUGUAGGUUUGGUCCAUGUUUAUUUCCCACCACAACCACCUCAAAUAUUCUCUCAAAGCGGAAGCCUGCUAGUGGAAGACAUGUUUAGGUUUGCCCAUCGAGCCUUUAAAUUCUGGAGUAGAAACCGUUCUUCCACACAGGUUCAGCAUACGACGAAAAACUGAAUCUUAGAACUGAAAUCAAUGAUCCCUAAUGUGUAGAAAAAUGUAGCGGUCAAUGUAUUCAUGAAUGAAAAUGACUCUAGUGAUGGUGAGUUUUCAUUUGAGGAUGAAAACAUGCACUUCGAUCGGUCUAAAGUGUAGUUCGAAAAAGUUAACCCAUGGAAAGGCCGUCCGCAUUGCACGUAUUUUUAGGGAUAAUGCAAUUAUUUUUAUGACAUGUAAAAAAUAAGAGGCGGUAGUAUAACUGUAGGAAGUAGACGAUUCCGGCACAGACAUAAAUGGAUUAAUAUCAAAUGAAAUAUUCGACUUGGAAAAGAAACGUUUCUGAAUUGUAUCAGUAGUAUUUUUUUUUAAACACAAAUAUUGAUCAUAAAUAUGGGCCACAAAUUCCUUUUUUUUUUUAAAGGAAAAAAACAUCUAUUGACUCAAUAAAAUAUAAUCUGGCGAAAAAAAUGUAUGAUACAAUAUUCUACAUGCAUGAAGAGGUCCCUGCGUUGGGAGAUGUACCCAACCUUGCAUGCUUUGUGUUACUCUAGAUGUACAGGUUGUUUACCCUGCUCAUAUUGUUGUUCAUUAUCCAAUUGUAAUAACGACAACAACUAAAAAGGGAAAGUGGUUUCAAGUGUGAUAUAUAUGGCAUAUUAGAAGUCAAACGGGACUGAGUAUAGACCUUUAACAAAAAAACGAAGCAAAAUCUCUCCAGUGUGAUGAGCCUGCUUGUUAAAUCAUGAAGUCUAACUCAUCCCUUUUCAUUGUCACUAUCAUUUCCACUGCCCUUCUCAGUUUGGCCCCCGCGCCCAUCUUCAUAUUUACAUAGCGUAGCUCCAUUUAGAUUGCGGCUUAGAAAAUUACUCUAUGCUGUGCAGCCUAUGGUCGCAUUUGAGUUGGGGGGGAUUGGUCUCUCAGUGCUCAUGGCAAGCUCUCCUUGCAAGGCCUUUGGACCCCCACCAUCCGCCAUCUUCCAUCGCGGAAGCCAUCCCACACCAGACGACAUCUCCAUCGCGUAUCCUGCCAAAUAUAGAGGCUGAUUAUUUCACCUCAUCGAAAGAUCUAAUACGAAGCCUCAGACAGCGGAAUGGGGUGAAGACGCGAAUCCGCCGCAUCUUACGAGUCCCGGCGCCUUCAACAGCAUGUGCGAAAGCCCUUAGGAGUUCGAUAAGGACCUAUUUCUCGCAAUCGUUCGUUGUGCGGAGCUCCUCGGGGUCGGAUUCCCACCCACGAACGAUCGCCGUUCAACUGCACAACCUGCCGAAGAACUGGCUCCACGAGGAGAUCAUCGAGUUCAUUCACCAGGUGGCUGAGUACGCGGGUAUUGAAGCGCCGGGUUUGGAAAAAGAGGAAUCGGACGAGGGCGAAGACCAGCAUCCGGCACUCAAUAAGGUGGAAGAGGCUGCGGAUCCUCAAGAGUGGGAGGCAACCGACGAGGACUCAGCCAUCCCACACGUCACCUCGCCCUUUAUUCGUCACCUUCGCGUUCCCUUCGGGCGGCGAACGGGCCUGAUAUACGGCAAACCCACCCUAGAGCUCACCUCCACCGCUUUGGCACAUUACCUCGUGGAGGACCUCCAGCUCGACCCUGACGACUACCGCAGCCAAAUUUGCUUCACUUACGUCGAGUUGGAGGGGGAAAAAGCUAAAGACGGUCCCGACGGCUCUACGCCGCGGCGCCGCCCGACGACCUACCACGAAAUUGAGGAAACUAUCGAGCACGAGCAAGCCGAGGCGCUUCGGACUCUGGAGUUGGAUCGCUAUCUCAUGGCCCCUGACCUUUUACUUGAUAUCACAAAGUCCUAUCAGCUGCGGCGGUUGACUAAGAAUGAGAAAGUUUUUUUGGACUCCUUUUUAGACGAUGAUGAAGACAAUAUCGACGGACUCAACACGGAUCAUGUGGAAGAUGACGAUGAAGCCGAUAAGAUGGGCACUAUCCUGCACAAGAAGCAGAAGACGCAAAAGUCUCGUAAGGGCCACAUAACGCACAAGAAAAGAACUGUGAGAGAACUCAACGAUCUGGGCCGGGGGUCAAUGCAAAACAUUCCUAUCCCUAAACCUUAUGUGCAAGGGCGCAACCUCUGA